UUAAAAUAGGUAUUUUAUGUGCUAGUAAUCUGACCAUAAAGUUACAAGGCAAUUUUAGACAAAUAUACUAAAACUUGUCAUAAAUAGGUAUGAAUGGGUCCCUUUCACAGUUGUUACUCUAGAAGAACUUUUAUUUACCCCAAGAGAUUGUUUCUUUUUUUUUAAUUUUUUUUUAAUUUUUAAUUUUUUUUAAAUUUAUGAUAGUCACAGAGAGAGAGAGAGACAGAGGGAGAGAGGCAGAGAGGCAGGGAGGCAGGCUCCAUGCACCGGGAGCCUGACGUGGGAUUCGAUCCCGGGUCUCCAGGAUCGCGCCCUGGGCCAAAGGCAGGCGCCAAACUGCUGCGCCACCCAGGGAUCCCAAGAGAUUGUUUCCCAAGAUGUUUUGCUUUGGUGGUGGGGAAUUUAUUUUUUGUUAAUAAUUUUAUUUAUUAAACUAGGUGAUAAGUGUUUGUGGUACAAAAUUAAAAUGAUAAAAGAGCAAUGUGUUCUAUUUCCUUUUUUGCUUAUUUUAUAAUGGUUUGUUGCAUGGCCGCAGCAGUUUACCUCUCUGAAGCUACAAUGAUAGUUUUAUUUUUGUAAAGUUUUCUUCUCCAUGCCUCACGUUCAUAUCAUGUUCCUACCUGCCUCCUCCCCUUGCAACCAUCUGUUUUGGUUUCUUCGGCCCUGAGAGAGUCUUUCCUCUGCUGUCUGCUAGUCCAGCUGUUAGCUAACACUGUGUAAUCGGAAACCCAGAUUUUAACCAAAGCUCUGAGUCCAUAAAAGAGGGGGCUUGUAGCACAGAGCCAUGCAGGGGAAUCUGGGCAGGCAUUUGCUGGCCAACGGCAUUCCUGUUGUCCUAGCCUUACUGCCUUCACUCCCAGGCUAGAGGCUUUCAGCGCUGCAGAUCCUGAACCGCCUUUGGAUUUUCUGCUAUCAAUUGCGUUAUUUCUCAAUCUGUCUGCUGCUGGGUUCAAGAUUUUGCACAAGCAUGUGCCAUAGGUUGUUGCUGAGGCUCUUGCGGAGAAGUGCUGGGUACUGUGGCAGGCGAAGAGCACACAGGGAAAGGAUAAUGGAAUUCCUGAGUCAGCCUUCUUGAUGACUUGUGUUUCGGUGUGUGGCCCUUCCUAGAAGAAAGUCUCAUUCCCACUGUGACUUGGACCCAGAAGGCUCCUGUGACGUUUGAUGACAUCACUGUAUACUUGCUUCAGGAGGAAUGGAUGCUGCUGAGUCAGCAACAGAAGGAGAUCUGUGGUUCUGACAAGCUGGUGGCACAGCUAGGACCAACUAUUGCCAACCCAGAGCUGUUCUAUAAGUUUGAGCGGGGGCCAGAGCCAUGGCUAGGCAAUGUCCAGGGCCAGAGGACUCUCCUGAGCCACCACCCAGGGAAAAACAAGGUGGGCUGCAUGGAAGAAAGGAAUGUGCAAAGUCCAGCCAGAGAAGCUGGACAGGAUGUGCCACCGCAGAAGAAAGCUUGCCUGUCCCAUGUCAGCACAGAGUGUGGCAACACUGCGGUAGACUAUGCAGGGAAAAGCAAAAAACCCUUGAAACCCCGCUCUAUCCAGAAGUCUUGGUUUGCACAAUUCCCAUGGUUGGUCAUGAAUGAGGAACAGACGGCUCUAUUUUGCUCUGCUUGCCGCGAGUACCCAUCUGUCAGGGACAAACGGUCAAGAUUAAUAGAAGGUUAUACAGGACCAUUCAAGGUGGAGACUCUCAAAUACCAUGCCAAGAGCAAAGCUCACCUGUUCUGUGUCAAUGCCUUGGCAGCUCGGGAUCCCAUCUGGGCGGACCGUUUCCAUAGCAUCCGAGAGGAAUCUGUAGAUGUACUGGGCAGCCCAGAGCACCUCUUCACGGCAGAUUACCCCAUCUUGUACCCCCCAGGACCUCUGGGAGCCUAUGACAACGUGGCCCAGCUCCUGCCCAGCCCAGGAGCCGAACUGGAGGACCCCGGGGGGCAUGGAACACUUCCAGCAUUGUAUCUAGACUGCAUUUCUGAGUUUAGGCAAAAAGAAAUUGUUGAUGAUACACACAGCUCUUCAAAUGUCACCAUUUUGUGUAAUGACGCUGCUGAACCCUGCGGCCAGGAUCCUUCUGAAGAGGGGCUGUUUGAGGAGGUUCCUGUGGUGUUUGAGGAUGUGGCUGUGUAUUUCACCCGGGAGGAGUGGGGCAUGCUAGUCAAGCGGCAGAAGGAGCUGUACAGAGACGUGAUGCGGAUGAAUUAUGAGCUGUUGGCUUCCCUGGGGCCAGCUGCCGCCAAACCAGACUUGAUCUUAAAAUUGGAACGUCGAGCUGCACCCUGGAUCAAGGAUCCAGACGGGCCACGGUGGGGCAAAGGUCGUCCUUCAGGGAAGAAGAAGAUGGUGGCCAUAAGAGAGGCAGACACACAAGCCUUGGCUGUAGACUCUGCAGUGCUUCUAGCUCCUUCUAUGGAGACAUGUAGGUCCUACUGCAAUUCCAGCCUUUGUGAAGUCGAAGUAGAUGGACCUAGGAAAAUCAAGAGGACUUACAGACCCCGUUCAAUUCAGAGAUCAUGGUUUGGGCAAUUCCCAUGGUUAGUAAUCGACCCAAAGGAGACCAAGCUUUUCUGCUCAGCUUGCAAAGAAAGACCUAGUCUCCAUGACAAAUCAUCCCGGUUAGUCCGAGGUUACACGGGGCCUUUUAAAGUGGAGACUUUAAAAUACCACGAGGUCAGCAAAGCACACAAGCUCUGUGUCAACACUGUUAAAAUCAAGGAAGACUCCCCACAGGCUGCGCUAGUCCCAGAGAUCUCCAGUGACCUGAUGGCGAACAUGGAGCACUUCUUCAACGCCGCCUACUCCAUUGCCUACCACUCGCGGCCUCUAAAUGACUUUGAGAAGAUCCUGCAACUCCUCCAAAGCACCGGGACCAUGAUCCUGGGCAAGUACCGAAAUCGCACCGCAUGUACUCAGUUCAUCAAGUACAUCUCUGAGACUCUGAAGAAGGAGAUCCUCGAGGACAUCCGAAACUCCCCUUGCGUGAGUGUGUUGUUGGACAGUUCCACAGACGCCUCCGACCCGUCCUGCGUGGGGAUUUAUAUCCGCUACUUUAAGGGGAUGGAGGUGAAAGAGUCGUACAUCACUUUGGCCCCUCUCUACAGUGAGACGGUGGAUGGGUACUUCGAGACCAUCAUCUCUGCCCUAGAUGAACUGGACAUCCCUUUCCGGAAGCCUGGGUGGGUCGUGGGUCUGGGAACUGAUGGCUCAACCAUGCUGAGCUGCAGAGGAGGUCUGGUGGAGAAGUUCCAGGAGGUCAUCCCCCAGCUGCUACCCAUUCACUGUGUCGCCCAUCGGCUGCACCUGGCCGUGGUAGAUGCUUGCGGGGGCAUCGAUCUGGUGAAGAAGUGUGACCGGCACAUUCGAACUGUCUUCAAGUUUUAUCAGUCCUCAAAUAAAAGGCUGAAUGAGCUGCAGGAAGGCGCGGCUUCACUAGAGCAGGAAAUCAUCCGCCUAAAGGACCUGAACGCUGUCAGGUGGGUGGCCAGCAAGAGGCGCACGUUGAACGCGCUCAUCGUGAGCUGGCCUGCCCUGGCCCGGCACCUCCAGGGCAUGGCGGACGCAGGGGGCCAGACCGGGCACAGGGCCAAAGGCAUGCUGAAGCUGAUGAAAAGCUUCCAUUUCGUCAAGUUCUGCCACUUCCUUUUGGACUUCCUGAGCAUCUACAGGCCUCUGUCUGAGGUGUGCCAGAAGGACAUCGUGCUGAUUACAGAGGUGAACUCCACACUGGGACGGGCCUAUGUCGCCCUGGAGACCCUCCGUCACCAGGCUGGGCCCAAAGAGGAAGAGUUCAACGCCGGCUUCCAGGAUGGGCAGCUCCAUGGCAUCUUCCUGGACAGAAUGGAGGUGGCAGAGCAGCGCUUCCAGGCAGACCGGGAAAGAAUGAUCCUGACUGGGAUCAAGUACCUCCAGCAAAGGUUUGACAUGGACCGUCCCCCGCAGCUCAAGAACAUGGAGGUGUUCGACACCAUGGCCUGGCCAAGUGGGAUUGAACUCGCCAGUUUUGGGAACGAUGAUAUUCUUGCCCUUGCCAGAUACUUUGAGCUUUCCCUCCCUGCGGGGUACAGCGAGGAAGCACUCCUGGAGGAGUGGCUGGGCCUGAAAGCCAUCGCCAAGAACCUCCCAUUCUCCAUGCUGUGUAAGAACGCCCUGGCCCAGCACUACCGUUUCCCCCUGCUAAGCAGGCUCGUGGCGGUGGUGGUCUGUGUGCCCAUCUCCACCUCCUGCUGUGAGCGGGGCUUCAGUGCCAUGAACCGGAUCAGGACCGAUGAGCGGACCAAGCUCUCCAAUGAGGUGAUCAAUAUGCUCAUGAUGACAGCAGUGAACGGGGUGGCGGUCACAGAGUACGACCCCCAGCCUGCCAUCCAGCAUUGGUACCUGACCUCCUCAGGCCGGCGUUUUAGCCAUGUCUACACGUGUGCCCAAGUGCCACCCCGAGCCCAUGCAAGAGCAGGGCUCAGGAAGGAGAAGAUGGGAGCACUUUAUAUGGAGGAGGCUGUGACCCAGAAGCCACCUAUUCCAUCCUACAGGGAGCCAGAGGAGAUCCUGAAGGACUGCAUCAUGAACCCUCCCGACAGCCUCCUGUAGCCCUGUACCAGCCAAGGGGCUCCUGAGCUGUCCUGAUAGAGAGCUCAUGCAGGAGCAGGAGUCCUAGGGAUUGCCUUGGAGAUGACCCUGCUGCCAUGCCCCUUGGAAUCAUGGUGACAGGCUCUGCAGAAUCUCUGCUGCCCUAGAAUCAUUUUCGGGGGAACUCUCUAAGCACCAGGAGCAGGCAGUGACAAGAGAAUUAAGCCUACCACCGAUCAGGAGCACAAACCUGUUUACCAUGGUCCCUCUCUAAGCAGUGGUGACCUAAUAGCACUUACAUAGGCAAAUAUCUCAAAUUCAUUCUUAGGGUGCUUCAAGAAAUGAUCUCAUCAUGAAAGAUUUCACCCCAAGUUCUGGUAGUAAGAGGACUUCUCUGAAGUGGGAGAGACUGUUGGGUUAGGGGCUUAUAGGAGCAUCCCAGCCCCCUGGGUGGUUGGGGAGCAUCCCAGGGAGGCUGCACACAGCCUCAGUGAGGAGCAGAGGAUGACCAGGCUCUAGGGUACAACUGGCCUGGCUCUGGGAUCUAUCACUGUGGCUCCAUGGCAGAAACAGGGAAGCAUCAACUUCAAACGAGAGACUCGCAUCAGAAAAAUUCUCUACCUCUUCCCAGGGCCUCCCUCAGGAUGAGGCAAGCAAAACCCUCUGCACAAAGUAGACAGGAGAGGUCAGCGUCCUAUAGCCCCAGGACAAUAGAGGAAAGUCCUUCCCAGAGGGAGCCUGCACUUAGUGGCAGCACUUAGAUUUAACAUAAGUCCGGUUUCCUAAGGAGUAGAUACACCCAGGCUUGCACUGGGGAGGCUUGGGAUCCAGCCCCAGCCCUGGCACAGGCAGAGGUUCAACCGUAAUUAAUCUGAGUCCUUCCUCUUUCCUGUGCCUCGGUUUCCCUGUCCAUGACAUGGCAGCAGAGAAUUCAAGUGCCUGCUGGCUCCUGGUCUGCUAUGAGACUGACAGCACCUCCAGCUCCCUGACAGACCUCGGGCUGCACAGAGUGGACUUAGCUGCCUUCAGCCCUUGUCCUUGUCCCUUGCUACUGAUGUCCUUAGUGUGGGAAGCAGUGCUCCCUAAAAGUGCCAUCAGCCUGGUGGUUGAGUCCCCUCUUCCCGAAGUUGCUCUGGGACUCAGCCUGGGCAUCAUCAGGGGUCUCAUUAAAUAUGCUCCACCCCAUCCCAACUUGAUCAGAUUCUGGGGACAGCGGCUCAGUGAUGAGCCGUUUCCCACUAGAUCUUCCAGGACCUUUGUGAGCCCAUUGAGACUUGAGGAUCACUACCCUGGAGGCCCCAGAGGGUGUCUUGCACUACUAGGUUCUCACCUAGCCUCACUCCCUCUCUCCUUCCUCCUGGAAGUAAAGCACUUUUCCCUCCAGGGCAGCUGCAUUUUGGCAGGUUGUAGGCUGCUUAUCUGGUGGGGAUGAUAUGGGGCUGAGGUCCCACCUUCCUAAGCAGGGGUGGGGAACAAGAGGAGGUGAGAGGGAAGGGCUUCUUCGCCCCUGCCUUUCUCCUCUUAGGCAGAAAGUGGUGCUACAUCCCAGCCUUGCUCCUGGGGUCCCUGCCCUGUGCUGUAAGAACAAGGUGUCUGACCCUCAGCCAUCAUUCUGUCCUCUUCCCAGUCCUAGGGGGUGCUGAGAGCUCCUGAGAUGCUGGUAUCCACCAUCACCCUGUACAAUGGGCCCCAGUUCCCAAUGUUUCCAGCUUGCCCUUCCCAUCACCCACCCUUAGCACUUUGCCUUAGUGCCAUCGCCUUCCUGUUUUCUUCAGCUUUGGGCCAGGGAUUCGCUCUCACUCUCUGCCUUUUAUUUAGCCUGUGGAAAUGUCUCUUUCCUAGCCCCGUGGUCUGGGGUCUGGGGUAUACUGUGGGCCCUUGGAGCUACAGCUCUGUCCAUGCCAUGGAGAUGGGAGCCCAGGCCUCCCUUCCCCAUUCACAUGAGAUUCUAUGGAGAGUUCAGGAAUCUGCCCCAGGCAAAGUGCUGUGGGUGUGAAUUGGUGGGAUGGAAGAGAGAAGGAUCCUUUGAAAUGGGAGUUGUCACCUGCACCCAGUCUCUAGAUUCCAAGUUGAGGUGAUUCUGGCAAGCUGCGCCCCACCCCCCCACCCCGCCCCACGGCCUCUUCCAUUCUUUGAGAAUCCUCAGAGCAGUCUACGGCCAUACCACCCUGAACGCGCCCGAUCUCGUUUGAUCUCGGAAGCUAAGCAGGGUCGGGCCUGGUUAGUACUUGGAUGGGAGAAUCCUCAGAGCAUGAGGCCAGUCCCUCAAGCAGUGUUGUGUGUGAGUUCCACACACACAGUUCCCUGGGCUGGUCUAGGCACCCGGGUGGAGGCCAGGUAGGGAAGCGUCCAGCCUCCACAUCCAUGUACUGAGGAGGCCUCCAGUGCCAGCUUUUGAGAGAAGGUCAGGCCCCUUGGAGGGGGUGAUGAAAAUGCUGUUCGUUGUAGAGCUUUGCACUAUCCAUGUCUCUUGAAGGGCACAGGCAUGCUAGCUAAUGGCAAAGAGGCCUACCCAUUUUUUUGUGCAGGAUCCAGGGCUGACACAGGGUGAACUCCCUGCCCAGAGACAUUUACCCAGCCGGAACUCUUUGUUUUGUUUCAAGACACUUGCUGCGUUUCAAAUCCAGGGCCUGGAGAUACCCUUUUUGGAGCGGCGUCCUAUUUUUGCCUCACCAGAAAACAAGCUGAAGGGCACGGAGAGCAGUCGGAGCAAGCCUUUGCCUGGAGUCCUAGCUAUGCCUCCACCCUCCUCCCUUCCUGUAACCCUCAUAGCGUCUCCACGUUCUGAUCCUGGCAUCCCCUGUCCCUGUCCCCGCCCCCACCCCAUAACUGAUGCCCACAGGGUCUGACGUUCUGAGUUAACCGGCGUUAUAACUGAUGCUUUGAUUCCAGUAGCCAUAGAGACCAGGUGGGAGGGAGGGACCCAGCCAGCCACCUUGGACAGUGUGACCUCCCCCAGACCUUUGGCUUCUCUCGCCAGCCCAUGAUGAGUUCCUAGGGUGCUAAGUAUUUAGCAAGACGGGCGUGAGGAUUGGCCAAUCCCUCAUGCAGGUGUCUGUCUCCCGAGGAUACUCGGGGUGAUUGGCAAUGGGGUGUCCUCUCCUCUCCUGGUUUCAAAGAUGGGCAAACGAGGUUUAAAAAACCAUGUUUGAUUCUCAGCCUUUUGCUACCUGAAUAAAGCAGUUGAUUUGGA